CUGAGGCCGGUGCGGUGGAGUUGCAGGAGCUGCGGCUGCGGAGGAGCUGUGGAGCCGGCCCCGCGAGCCGGGAGCAUGAGGACCUGGUGUCUGUGUCAGAUUUGUACCUGCAGGCGACAUCAUUGCCCACAUGGAACCACAAGGAUUUAUGAAAAUUCUGACAUGUCUUGUCCCACAGCUGAAUGUUUGGAAAACUAUCCUAUGUAUGGCAGUGUUCUUCCACCUCAGAGUCUGAAGCCCAGGGAAGAAUUUCGAGCAUAACGUGGUAAAAUGGAAGGAAUAACAACAUUUAAGUAA